UAAUGGAUAAGGCACUGGCCUCCUAAGCCAGGGAUUGUGGGUUCGAGUCCCAUCUGGGGUGGUUCUAUUUUAUCUUCUCUCACACUGAAACAUGGACAUAGUUUCUGAAUAGUGAUAGGACAUUACCAAAAACAAAAACAAAUGUUACAGCUACAGAACACUUAAUCAGCGCGUUAUGUCGAACGAGCCAAUGUAAUCUUUUGAAAGAACGGAAAUCAUUAGUUCAGCCCUACACGGCUAUGUUCCUCUGAUAUGUACAUGGAGGUGCAGAGUGUCGAACGUUGUGUGUUGUUUUUCGCUUUCUAUGCUUUUGUACACACUAAUCAUCUCCAAGAGGCUACUGCGUACUGGAACGAGGCCCAGAAAAGUGUAAUUCUGAAGGAGGGGGUGAUGGACACGCGAGAUGGGGGGGCCUAUGGGUUCUAUAAUGAUACCCUCCUCCUGACUGGGUGGGGGUUGUUGGAAGUCCGUGCAGGGUACGGAGAAAAAAAACAAACCGAUGAAACCACUUACUUUUUGGCGGGUUACCUGGAGGGCUUCCUUACGGCCAGACAGAUGUUCAGUCACUACUCCAACAUGUACCCACAACUGAUAAAGGACGAGGAAAUGGUUCAUACCGUUGAAAGCUUUUUGAGCAAGCAGAACUGCUGGAGCAGAGAGCAGGUGAAACUAAAGGGAAACAGUGACAUCUUGUGGAGGCAUAUGGGACUCAUCCUUGCUCAGUUGGACGGUCUGCAGGCCGGAGCUACAUACUGGUCGAAGACCCAACAAAUGGAGCCACUGUCUCUUCUAGCGGUCCAGUUUCUGAAUGGGAUGGGGGACCUGUUGGACCUAGUCCCUGCCCUGACUCCCCGCUCCAAGUCCUCCAGUGCGGGGACGGGGCCGUGGAGAAUGCCAGGAAUGGGCCACUGCACUGCUCUUAUAAAGGUGCUGGCGGGCUUUGAGAACCUGCUCUUUGCUCACUCUAGCUGGUUCACCUACGCUGCCAGCAUGCGCAUCUACAAACACUGGGACCUCCGGAUCUCUGGUCAACACACAGCCGCUGCAAAGAUGUCCUUCAGCAGCUACCCUGGACUGCUGUCCUCCCUGGAUGACUUCUACCUCCUGGGUAGCGGUCUCCUGGUCACUCAGACCACCAACGUGGUCUUCAACGUCUCCCUCUUCUCCCUGCUCACCCCUCACUCUCUGCUGGCCUGGCAGAGGGUGCGGUUGGCCAACGCCAUGGCUCUCAGCGGAGAGCAAUGGGCCCGCGUCUUCUCCAAUUACAACUCAGGCACCUACAACAGCCAGUACAUGGUGUUGGACCUGAACAAGGUGUCCCUUGGCCGAAGCAUGGAGGACGGGGCCCUGACUGUUGUGGAGCAGAUCCCUGGGAAGGUCCUCCAUUCAGACCAGACCCAGGCCCUACGCAGAGGCUACUGGCCGUCGUACAAUGUGCCGUUCCACGCCGACAUCUACAACCUGAGCGGGUACGGCGUGAUGUGGCGCAGAUACGGCGAGGAAUUCUCUUAUGACCUUUGCCCCCGGGCAAAGAUCCUGCGUCGAGAUCAGUCCAGGGUCUCUAGCUUGAGCUCUCUGAAACACAUGAUGAGAUACAACAACUACAAGCGGGAUCCCUAUACCAGAGGACAUCCAUGCAAAACCAUCUGUUGCCGUGACGACCUAAAACUGCGCAGAGCGCGCCCAGGUGGAUGUUAUGACACAAAGGUAACAGACUACCAUAUGUCGCGACAGUUGGUUGCCGAGGUGAUAAACGGUCCCACCACACAGGGGGGUCUGCGGCCGUUCUCGUGGCGAUGGUUCAACGGCACGGCGCAUAAAGAUCUACCGCCAACCUACAACUUCACCUUUAUCGCCGUGCGGCCAACUCUCCACCAGCCCUGACGUAGAACUACAUAGGUGCAGUUAAGGGUUUCUAUCGUGCUAUCUGAAGUCCCUGAAACACAUUCCAUGCCGCCAUCUUGAUGCUUCUUGACCAAAGAUACUGUACAAUCAUCUGUUGCUGUUUCUCUUAUGAUGAUGGUGAACAAGCACUAAGAUGGCGGGUAUAGGCAUACUGUAUAUGCAUGUCUUCCUAUCACCUGUGUCACCCUUCCCUUUAACACUUAUUUAACCCUUGUUAACUCCACAAGGCACUCUCUUAUAGGAAGUAUUUAUAAUAAUAAUUAGGUAUUCAGAGGGUAUCUCUGGAUACCUAUUGUUGUAUUUAUUAUUAAUAUUAUUAUCGGAAAGUGAGACUAUUAUAAUGACACGUUAGCACAACAUGUAUUUGAUCAAAAGGUGCAUAAGAAUUUGUCAAAAUAUGGUUAUGCAGUUAGCAGAGUGAAGAGGUUGUAGCAUAGUCAAGGUCUAUUUUGUCUAAUAACAAAAGUUCAAUUCAAAGAGCUGCAUAACAGAAAUAACCUUUUUGAUUGUCAGGGAGAAACGUGCCAUGAAUGACCAUGAAUUGACCUAAUAAAAAUAAACUUAAGUUGA